AUGCAUUGAGAACUGUUAUAUCCAGUAAGUGAAAGAAGAGUUUUUUAUACCAUUUGAUAGAUUUUCAAUAAUAGAGAGAACAAGAGAAACAAUAGACUUCUGAAUACCUGCAUAAAUAUCACCGCUAUCAGUCAGGUAUCAUAUAUGAUACUCCCGUAGUCAAAGGGUUAAAGCUGCUGUGGAGUUUAUAAUUAUUAUGUUUUUGCUCAGGGGUCAUAUCCAUGUCGCCGAUUUUUAUUGAAAACUGACGGUUAACCGUGGUUAUCGAAAUAACCGUCGGCUACCGCUGGUUCAACAGACGAGCCGGUGUUUAUUUGAAUAACCGCGGUCCGUGCGAAAAAAACCAUCAGUUGCUGGUUAAUCGUUUUUUUAUCAGAGUCUAUUUCAUCAUUUUUUAAUUACUCAUUACAAAAACGAACUCAAGAAUGGACAGUCGAGAGGCGUUUCAUAUUUUAGCCUCAAAUGAGAUUGUUCUGACAAGAUUUUAAUUUUUUAUUUUAAUUUCCUUUUUUUAGUCAACAGUGAUCAGGAUGAAUACAAUAAAUGUUGUGAAAAUCAAAAUCAAUUUCAACACACAUCAUCACCACCUGUUGAUCUAUUACUUAAGAAUGUUGAAGAAGUAUCAAGAUUUUGUCGACCAAUAUAUAAUGAACAAUUAAUCAGUGAACAAACAUCAACGAAUGAACCGCGAAUUAAAGCUUUGUCAAAUGUUCAACGACUGAGAAAAGUUGUCUUUGAAUUACUUCAAACUGAGAGAAAUUAUGUACAGGAUAUGGAACGUUUGAUAGAACGUUAUAUUGGUCCAUUACGCGAUGAAUCAUUAUUACCAUCGGAUCCGAUUGAAUCAUUAUACAUCAGUGUAAAAUCAAUAACACAAUUACAAGUGAAAUUUCUUAAAUGUUUAGAAAAUUCAGUACCCACCGAUGUUUUAGCUUACAAUGCUUUAAAUGAGUUUCAAGAUAUUUUAUUGUCAAUUUCUGAUAUAUUUUUAUCUUAUGCUAAUCAUUUUAAAAUGUAUUCAACAUUUUGUGCUAUGCAUUUACGUAUUAAUCGUUUAUUAGAAAAUGAACAAAAUCCAAAAUUAAAAGCAUUUUUUGAUGCUCGUAAUCCACGUCAUCAACAUUCAUCAUCAUUUGAAUCUUAUCUAAUUAAACCUGUUCAACGUAUUUUAAAAUAUCCAUUAUUACUUAAACAAAUGCUUUCGUAUACUGAUAUAAAUUCUAUAGAAAAUAUAAAAUUAUCUAAAGCCGUUGAUACAAUGAAUGAUGUUGCACAAUAUAUGAAUGAUAUGCAAACAAUUUAUGAAGAAUAUGGUCAAUAUUUUGAACAGAUAAUGAAACGAUACAGUGAUGAACAUAAAAUGACACUUCAAUUAGCAUUACCUGAUCUUCUUGCUUAUGGUGCACUUGAAUGGAUAAAUAUCGAUGAUUUUAUACAACAAAAAAUAAAACAUCAAUUAGAAACAUUAUGUUUUAUAUUUCGUAAUGGUAUCAUUCUUCUUUGUCGUGAAAUUAAUAAGAAUAAAAAAAAAUCAAUGGAUCAAUGGGUAAAAACGGAUCGAUUUACCUAUUUUAUGCCAAUUAAACAAAUUCAAAUUGUCGACAUGCGAUCAAUUAAAUAUACGAAUGAUUUACUAUUUACUUGGGAAUUAAUACAUUUGAACAGAGUACACUUUAUAUUGGCUAAUAGAACUAAAGAAGAAAAGGAAACAUUUAUUAAUACAAUAAAUAAUUGUAUUCGACAUUGUACAUAUUUUUCAUCAACAUCAUCAAUUCGAUGGAGAAAAAUAUAUAAAUCACCAUUGAACAAUAGAAAUUCCGAUGUAUUAUUACCAGCAUCAACUAAAAUAACAAUUGAUAAAAAUAUGCCGUUAAGUAAAUCGUGUCAUACACUUGUAACCUCUUUUGAUUGUCAAAAUGAUGAGAGCAAAAGUCCAUCGCCUAUUUGGAAACGACGAAACGAUAAUAGAAAAGCCUAUCGUACAAAAUUUAUACGAAAUUCAACUAAUGCAACUGAUUGUUAA